AGAAACAGAAAAGCAUGAAGCAAGUCGAAAAUCUUCGAUUGUCGUGGCUAACGACCACCCUUGUCGUAAUGGUGCUCGUAACCAAUAAUGCGGAAUCACAACCUACAGCUGAAAGAAAUAGCACUCUGAUGUUUUUUCAAUGUACUAGGAAUUACUAUCUGAAUGAAGAGUCUUACAUAACCAACCUUAAUGCCACCCUUACUAAAUUGCGUUCGCAAUUAACCACAAGCAGUAACGCUGAAGCACACAUCACAGAUGGUGAUGCCGUGUGGGGAAUCGCUUGGUGCAGGGGGUAUCUUUCUGUUCCAGAAUGUCUAGAUUGUUUCGACUAUGCUGUUGGUCAGUUAAAAACAUGUGGAUCUGGCAAUGUUGCGCAUGUUAUUUACAACGACUGCAAUGUCAGGUAUGAGAGCUAUAACUUCAUCCCUGGUUAUAGUAAUCGGGCUAGCAGGGCAUUAUGUGACAAUGUAACAUCCCUCCAGCCAACAGAGUUUCGAACAGCAGCAGAUAAGUUAUUACUGGACCUACAAAUUGCUGCACCUAGAACGCCGAAUUUCUAUGCAGCUUCUACCAGGCAAAUAGCUGAUGGUAAUGCAACCGUCUAUGCAUUUGCCCAAUGUUUUCAAAACCAGACUGUGUGUUCAGAAUGCUUAAAGUCGACAUCUAGUGCUCUACAUGAUUGUCUUCCAGGUAUUUCUGGCCGGGGAAUGGACAACGGAUGCUUCAUGAGAUAUUCCAGCACUCCAUUUUUUCAACAAAACCAGACAAUGGAUCUUACAUCUCUUCUUUGGAAUGAAGAUUCAAUCAAUAAGAGAUCCAUAAUUUGGGGAGUCGUUGGAGGUUUAAGCUUUUUGUUGCUUGUAAUUGCAUUUUUGCUAUGGCGUUUUAGGUUGAGAAUGGCAAAUAGAAGCCAACAAGACACACCAGAGCAAGUUGGGGCGGCAGUUAAUUACAAUUACAAACAUCUGCAGUUGGCUACCAAUAACUUCAGUGAAGAAAAUAUUUUAGGGAAAGGUGGUUAUGGGGAGGUAUUCAAGGCAACUUUUGAUGAUCAGAAAGUUGUGGCAGUGAAGAAGCUUAAUGUUGGAUUUGCUGGAGCAAAAGUAGAAUUUGAAAAUGAAAUCUUACUUAUAAGUAACAUUCACCAUCGAAAUCUUCUCCGUCUACUAGGAUGGUCCAGUGAAGAGUCUAAUCUUUUACUUGUCCUGGAAUUUAUGCCAAAUGGAAGCCUUGACACGUUCCUAUGGGGUUCCAAAAAGGGUACCCUGAACUGGAACCAGCGAUAUGACAUUAUCUUAGGGAUAGCUAAGGGUCUCGCUCAUCUACAUGGAGAAUUCCAUGUGAAGAUCAUUCAUAGAGAUAUAAAGUCGAGCAACAUUCUCCUUGAUGACGAUUUUCAACCCAAAAUUGCAGAUUUUGGGCUGGCAAGGUUUCAAGCGGCGGAUCAAAGUCAUAUUACCACAAAGUUUGCUGGGACAUUGGGUUACACAGCGCCAGAAUAUGCACUUCGUGGCGCUUUAUCAGAUAAAGUCGACACUUUCAGCUUUGGUAUCGUGGUUCUUGAAAUUAUUAGUGGUCGACGGUGUACUGACGUGGAAUUUAAUGGGAUGUCUACCAAUGGCCUUUUAGACCAUGCAUGGAAGUUGUAUGAAAAUAAAGAAUAUAUGAACUUGGUUGAUGAGACAAUGGAUUCAAAUCAAUAUGAAGAUAAAAAGGUAAUGGAGAUAACUGAGAUUGCAUUGUUAUGCACACAGGCGGCGGUUUCUAAGAGACCAAACAUGGCUGAAGUAGUUUGGAUGCUUUCAAAUCAUCCAUCAUUCGGGGACAGACAGCUAAUAAGGCCUAACUUCAUUGAUCACAAUAGGAAGGUUCAUAUAAGAUCUUUAUAGGAUUCUAUAUAUUGACAUUGAUAAGUAAUGUUUUUGAGAUAUCAACUAUUGGUACUAUACAUUGUGAAAAAGGCCAGAGAUGUCCAAGUAUAUGUUUUGCAAGUUAAGAUCUCAA